UCAACACACACAUACAUAGGAAAACAAGUAAACAAGUUUGAUUUGACGUUUAGCCGGUCUUUAUCGCACAACUUUCUUUUUCCAUUUUUAACUUUCUGUAUUUUCGUGACGCGAGAAAGUUAGUGUUCAGUUACAUAGAGUUAAAAUUUAAACUGUAAUUUUUUUUCUAACAUGUCUCCCGCGAAGUUGUAUCAUUUUCCAUUAAGUGCACCGUCACGCGGUGCUUGCUUGGCGGCCAAAGUAAUUGGAGCGCCGAUAGAAAUUGAAAUUAUUGAUUUAUUCAAGAAGGAGCAGUUUAAGGAAAGUUUCCUCAAAAUAAAUCCUCAACAUUGCGUUCCUACACUGGAUGACGACGGUUUUAUUCUCUGGGAGAGUCGGGCUAUUGCAUGUUAUUUGGCGGACAAAUAUGGGAAAGACGACUCACUAUAUCCAAAAGACCUUCAACAGCGAGCCUUAGUUAACCAAAGAUUAUAUUUCGAUAGUUCAUUUCUUUACGUGAAGAUAAGGGCGAUAUGUUAUCCAAUUCUGUACCAAGGUGUAAAAGAAAUAUCAAAAGCAUUAAAAGAUGACUUAAACAGUACACUGAGUUUUCUCGAUAAGUUUUUAGAGGGCCCUAAGUGGGUUGCAGGUGACAAUUGUACAAUUGCUGACACUUCCAUUUAUGCAUCUGUGUCCGCUAUAUUGGCUGUAGGUUGGGAUAUUACACAAUUCCCUAACAUUCAGAGAUGGUUAAAAAAGUGUGCAGAUUUACCUGGUUAUAUGGAAAGUGAAGAAGGUGCUAAAUUGUUUGGCGAAGCUGUAAGAAAGAAUCUUAAUCAAUAAAAAUCUUGAAUCAUGUAUUUUAAAAAUAUAUUAUGGAGAAAUAAAAGUUUUAAAUCAUAUUUUUUUCUUAACAAAACUAAAGAUUUUUUAUUGAAACAAAGAAAUAUAACUAAAAAACAAGAUUUAUAAGAAAAUAUCAUAAACAUAAAUGUCUUAAGAUUAUGUAUUUUAUAUACUUAUUUCUUUUCUACAUAUAAA